AUUUGUCUGUAGUUUCCCCAAACACUGACAGUCAUGGCUGCCUCCAUAGAGAGUUUGCUGGAGGAAAUCUCCGGCGUUGAAGAUCCAAUUGAAGAGCUGCAGAGUUUAAAAACAGCCCUUUUAUCGAUCCCGGUCAGCGCUCUGAGAGACUCUCUGAGCGGACAACGUCUGGACGUGAUUUUCUCUCUGCUCAACACCAAUGAAAGGAAGCAGGUCGAGCUGUGUGUGGACAUCCUUGAACGUUUCUUAAUAGCCCUCAGCCCUGUUCAGGUGGUCCAGAACUACAGAGUGGAGCUACAGGGGGGGCUGACCCAUCCAAAUGAAAGUGUCAAAAUACUGGCCUUGACACAGAUUGGUCGAGUGGUGGACCAUCCAGACGCUGUCGCUGAAGUCCUCAACAAUAAUGACAUCCUGCGAUCAAUGAUCCACUGCAUCGGAGAGGAGAAGAUGGCUGUGGCAAAACAGGCGAUUCAGUCCCUGUCUAAACUCAGUCACUCCAAGCCUGGAUUAGACAAAUUAUUCCAGACCGACCUGCUGAAAGUCAUGAAGGAUGUGAUGGCAACAAGUGACAUUGUCAGAUACAGAUUUUAUGAGCUGGUGGUGGAAAUCUCAUCGGUUUCUCCAAUUUCUCUUGGCUACUGUGCCAACAGCAGCUUCAUUUCUCAGCUGCUCGGUGAACUGACGGGAGAUGAUGUAUUGAUCAGAGCCACAGCUAUAGAGAUGGUGACAACUCUUGCCCACAGUCAGCAUGGUCGACAGUAUUUGGCCCAGCAGGGUAUAAUGGAUAAGAUCUCCAACAUGAUCAGAGGAGCAGACACUGAUCCCUUCUCCUCCCUCUACCUUCCUGGUUUGGUGAAGUUCUUUGGCAAUCUGGCCAUUAUGGACAGUCCACAGCAGGUUUGUGAAACCUACCCAGUUUUCCAGAACAAGGUCUUUGAGAUGGCCCUUGAUCCAGACCCCGUGAUGAUCGGAGUGGCCCUGGACACUUUGGGACUACUUGGAUCUACUGUGGAGGGGAAGCAAGUCCUGCAGAAAAUAGGAGAAAAGUUCAAGUCUGUGUUGUUAAGAAUGAGCCAGCUCGCCAGUUCUGGAGCUACAGAGCUCAGAGUGCGCAGCUUGGACGCCAUAUCACAACUUCUCACCCUACAGCCAGAGCAGCAGACAGAAGACCUUUUGGCCCUGACAGAGUCCUGGUUCCACCUUUUAUCUAACCAGCCUAUGGACAUGAUUCGUAACAUCAGCACUCAGCCGUUUCCAGAGCUGCACUGCGGGGCUUUGCGGAUAUUUACUGCCAUUGCCGCUCAGCCGUGGGGCCAGAAGCUGAUGAUUAGCACUCCUGGCUUCAUGGAGUUCAUUUUGGAUCGCUCCACAGGUCAGACAAAGGAGGCCAAGGAUGCUAAAUUUGAACUGGUGGGGUCACUUGCGAGUUCAUCGACGGCAGCAGAGAUACUCGGCAGUCAACACUACAUCCGCCUGAAGACUUACCUGAGAGAAGGACCUUAUUAUGUUUCAGCUGUGGCCGCAGUCAGCACAGAGGGAGCAGACUGAUUCAGAUAAACGCAGGUACACGUCAUGGGCUUCUGGUUAAUGCUUAAAUAAAGGGUAAGUGCCUGAGUCAUCUAA